AUCUGGUACCGUAUCGAUUGUCACCACGAUCACAAAAACCGAACACUGCCAUGGAAACAACGAAGACAAGUGCCGGGGACGCCGAUAGCAGCGGCAGCGGCACGAGUGUCGAGAUUGGAUUCAUUGACUACCGCGACGAGUCCCAGUUGGAGCACGUGGAUCGUCUCGUGGCCGUGGAUUUGUCGGAGCCCUAUAGCAUCUUCACGUACCGUUACUUUUUAAACCGUUACCCCGACUUGUGCAUCCUCGCAGUGGACAAGAAAUCCGGAGAAGUUUGUGGUUGUGUUGUUGGAAAGAUAGAUGUAGAGACCAACACGAGCGUGGCCACUGGCGACCAUUCGAACGUUGUCUUGGACGACGCCGAGAGCAGCGAUCUAGACACUAGCGACCGAAAGAAUUCUGCACAACAACUCGAGGACUGCGAGGAUCCGACGGCAGGAUCAGCGGCCAAUUAUAUGGUUCAAACGGGGUACAUAGGAAUGCUGGCCGUAAGCAAAUCAUACCGGCGCAAGGGAAUUGGCAAAGACUUGGUGCGACAAGUUUUGAAGCGCAUGAAAGCAAGAAGAUGCACUUCUGUCACGUUAGAAACGGUAAGUACAUUGUAGCGAGGGAACGUGACCCGAAUGAUGGAAACAUAUUUUCUAUUGUUGUUGAAACAAAAAACAUCUAUCAUUGCAGCUCUAACGGUCUCUUUCUGAAUGGAUAAUUCUGUCUUGGCAUCUCCCACGCGAUUGGAAUCGAACACGAAAUGGCAGGAAGUUUCGAACGUAACAGCGCAAAAACUAUACCAGGAUCAUUUUGGCUUUAUUCGAGAAGAGCUGCUGGUACGAUACUAUCUAAACUGUGGCGAUGCUUAUCGGUUGCGACUGUGGUUUUGAGAUGCAUUGCAGUGCGUGCAACUUGGAAAAAUGCAAUCGAGGAAGACAUUGCAAACUACAG